GAGGUGAAAAAUGUAGACCUAAACUGUGCUCAGAACUGCAACAACCAUCACACACAGUUUUUUAGUUCUAAUAAACUAAUUGUGAGAAGAGGCCAGCUGUUUGGGUUCUAUGUGCAUUUCCAAAACCGAGAAUGGGAUGAUGACAAGGACAAGAUCACAUUCACGGUGGCAACAGGUCCGAAACCCUGCGAAUCUCUUGGAACAAAGAGCACCUUUCCUUUAGGGAAAUGUCCAAAUCAAAGCCACUGGAAUGCUUGCUACAAACUCCAUAAUGAACAAAGCCUCCAUGUCAGUCUGUUCCCUCCCGCCAGUGCCUGUAUUGGCUGCUACACUCUGAAUAUGUGUCUGGUGUCAUGUGAACACUCAAGCACCCAACAUCUGGGAGACUUUUAUGUUCUCUUCAACCCUUGGUGUUCUGAUGACCCUGUCUAUUUAGACAACCAAGCUCACAGAGAAGAGUAUGUCCUGAAUGAGCAUGGGAUUGUAUUCCAGGGGCUUCCCAAACACGUAACUUCUCAUCCAUGGUAUUUUGGACAGUUCCAAGAUGGCAUUCUGGAUAUCUGUCUGAAAAUUCUGGACACAAGUACAAACUUCCUUCGUGAUCCUGGCAUGGAUUAUUCCUGUCGCAAUGAUCCCGCGUACAUCAGCAGGGUGUUGAACAGUAUGAUCUGUUGCCAUAAGAAGAAAAGCAUUCUGAAACUUCCACCCAGUAAUAACUACUUGCAGGGACACAAUCCUUUAAUGUGGAAUGGAAGUGCCCCUAUCCUCCGCCAGUGGUUUCAGAGCAAGUGCAAGCCUGUCAAAUAUGGGUACUGCGGGACGUUUGCUUCGGUCAUGUGUACAGUUAUGAGAUGUUUGGGAAUCCCAAGCCGAGUCGUCACAGGCUUCUAUUGCGCUUUGAAUGCUGUUGAUCCUCUCACUGUCCAGGAGGUUUAUGACUAUACAGGCAAAACUUUAAGUGGCAAAGAACACAUCUGGGUACAUCAUUGCUGGAAUGAAUCUUGGAUGGCCCGAAAAGACAUAAACCAAGCUAUGAGUGACUGGCAAUAUCUGGAUCCGACACCUAUAGAAACUAGUAAAGGAUCAGUGUGCAGUGGCCCUAUCUGGGUCAAAAGCAUCAGAGAUGGAGAUGUGGAUACUGAUUCUGAUGGCCCUCGUGUAUUUUGUAUGCUAAAUGCAAGGAGUACAGCCUGGGUUUCUCAAGGUAGAGGCAAGAAGACAAAACUGCACUGUGAUAUCUGGCCUUGUGGGCAAUGCAUCAGCACCAAAAGUGUUGGCGGAGAUUUGCGUGAGGAUGUCACUGAUGCUUACAAGCAUGAAUUAGGUUCUCUGCAAGAGAAAAAAGCCUUCUAUAAAGCUUGCAGAAAAAUCAAUUCUCAAUACCUCAAUGUGCCCAAUUCUGAAAUCGACAAAGAUAUAGCAUCCCAGAGAAACAAAACUUUGAAAGACACUGGGGUGACAAUGAAAUUUAAGAUGGCUAAUUGUCCCCUUUAUGGUCAAGAUGUUCAAAUAAAGUGGAUGCUUGAAAACUUGUCGAAUGAGGCUAAAGACAGGAAAUUCAACCUUUGUGCUCAGGGAAUGAUAUAUAAUGGCUGUUCACUGGAUCCAAUCUGGAAAGACUGUGUGCAUGUUACACUUGGCCCCAAAGAAGUGAAGACGAUUAAGAUAGAGAUACCCUAUGAAAGUUAUGGGUCACACCUUUGUGAUUAUAAUAUUAUGAGGGUAGCAGCUGUCUCAAUGCCAGAGCCUAAGGGAGAAAUCAUGAUGGUGGAGAGAGAUAUCCUGAUUGACAGCCUUCCCAUUGAGAUAAAGGUUUUAAACUAUCCGAAAUUGAAUGCACCAUGUUCAGCUGAAGUCACCUUCUCUAAUCCCCUCAAAGAAGAUCUCAAGAACUGUGUGCUGCACUUGGAGGGUUAUGGACUGUUUGGUGAGCCGAUCGCUACUGAACUGGGAACACUGGCUGCUAAUCACAAGACACAAACGUGUGUUGAGUUUACUCCAUAUAGGAAUGGCAAACACCGAUUCAUUGCCAAUGUCAGCUGCAACAAGUUCUGUAACUGCAAAGGAUAUGCCAACGUAGACAUGGGGAAUCCCCCACCAACCUCUGGAGAAGGAGGAGCAUAAGUAAUACAAGAGGGAAAACACUGAAUCUGUAAAUAAUAAAGAUAUGUUUUGUAGUUCUA